AUGUCAAUACCAGAUUUCACGGCUUGUCAAGAGUCUUCUGUGCCCCAAAGGGCGAUGGGUUUGUCUGGCUGCAGGCUGUGCGAGUCGGCCACCAGUUUUGGGUAUCAGGUGUACGCGACCGUCAAGCCAUGUCUGAAAACGCUGUUUGCGGAGGAUUUGCCCACCGCAAGAACAAAUUUCGAUAUCACCAUACCUCGGCGUCAGCGCCAAUGCUUCAAGAUUGGAAAAUCGUUUCUACUGGCUACGAACGAUAGUAGGCUCAGCUGUGUCGCCGAUGGCCCAAAAUGUCACAAGUACGCGUCCGCGUCAAAAUGCAUGACUGUUGUUAAGAAGACUACCAUCCCUGACACCGUACUAUACGCUAACGUCAAGUCGUCAGAGCAAAUGAAUGAUUAUACCAUGUAA